AGAGGAGCAUUCAAGAGAGAGCACACGCAUAUUUACAUCCUUUCCAUCUCUUCUCUCGCCCACUCUGACUCUGUCUCUCUCUCUCUCUCUCUCUCUCUCUCUCUCUCUCUCUCUCUCCUCUCUCUCUCUCCUCCUCUCCCUCUUUCCCUCAGACACACACACACACACACACACACACACACAUGCACAGACAGACCCCCCUCUCACACAGGAGUAAAUAGAGAGCGGUGAAGAGCAGAAGGAGCUGGGUGGCAGGAGACAGGCAGGAGGGCUGUUGUUGAUUGAACAAAGCCAGGAAAGGAGUGCGCAGUCCUGGGGAGAAGAGCAGCUGUGAAAUGCCUCGAAAGGAGCCUGCCAGUUACUCCUGCAGAGACCUGAAGGUGUUGAGCUUCAGCUGAGGAUGGCAGGAGAUUCUCGAGUCCUCAUGGACCACAACAUGGAGAUAGGAGUCACACCUGCACAGGUGAAGAAGCUUCCUAAACACUUGCGGGAGGCUCAGAUCUCGACAGAGCGAACCCACUUGAUUUCUGACCCGGCAAAGAAGCCACGUCAGCGAUAUGUGCAGAAGGACGGAAAGUGCAACGUUCACCACGGAAAUGUGCAAGAGACCUACCGUUACCUCAGUGACUUGUUCACUACGCUGGUGGACCUACGCUGGCGUCUUAGUCUCUUCAUUUUCACCUUGGUCUAUGUAGUCAACUGGCUUUUCUUUGGCUUUCUGUGGUGGCUGAUAGCACUAAUCCGUGGGGAUCUGGUGCAUGCUGAUGAGGAGGGCUGGACCCCCUGUGUGGAGAACCUCAAUAGUUUUGUCUCAGCCUUCCUCUUCUCCAUUGAAACAGAGACCACCAUUGGGUAUGGUUAUCGUGUAAUCACAGAAAAAUGCCCUGAAGGUAUCAUACUGCUUUUGGUGCAGGCCAUCUUGGGUUCCAUUGUUAACGCCAUGAUGGUGGGCUGCAUGUUUGUCAAGAUCUCACAGCCAAAGAACCGCGCAGAGACCCUCAUGUUCUCGCACAAUGCUGUCAUAUCAGUGCGAGACAACAAGAUGUGCCUGAUGUUUCGGGUGGGGGACCUGAGGAACUCUCACAUCGUAGAGGCAUCGAUCAGAGCGAAGUUGAUUCGCUCACAGCAGACCAAGGAGGGGGAGUUCAUCCCACUCAACCAGACUGACAUCAACAUCGGCUUUGACACGGGAGACGACCGGCUGUUCCUGGUGUCGCCACUUAUCAUCUCUCACGAGAUCAACGAGAAGAGCCCCUUCUGGGAGAUGACUCUGGCGCAAAUGGAGAAGGAGGAGUUCGAGAUCGUGGUUAUCCUAGAGGGCAUGGUGGAGGCCACAGGGAUGACAUGUCAGGCACGGAGUUCCUACCUGGACACAGAGGUGCUUUGGGGCUACCGCUUCACACCGGUUCUCUCCCUGGAGAAGGGCUUCUACGAGGUAGACUACAACAACUUCCACGAUGUCUACGAGACAAACACCCCCACCUGCAGCGCCAAGGAGCUAGCUGCUAAACUUCGGGAGGGGCCACUAUUGCCUCAGCUUUCGCUCCUGAGCCCUGAGCCCAAAAUGCAUACUUUUGACCCCCUAAACCGCCUGUCCAAACCGGACCCACUCAGCCGGGAUGAGGACAAGGAGGAGAGAGAUUCAGGGGGUGACAGAGGAGAGACCAAUGGCUCAGCUGCUGCUUUGGAGGAGCCGCCCCUCGCUGAUGGACUGCCUGACUGAUGUGACUGAGGGCCACAUCAGCUAAAAACCCAGGAAAGACUGGAGAAGAGGACAUGACAAUAUAAUGCUUCAUUUAGUCAAGGGCCAUCUUGUUCCAUUGCAUUGCUUGGAGAUACAAGACAUCCAUCUCCAGCCCCCGACUCAUGCAAUACUCCUCUACUAGAGUGUCAAUCUAUAGUAUAGAUUGGUUUUGUAGACACGUAAGUACACAUACACAGACACACACGUACAGUAUCUAUAUCUACACUUAAAGGUUGGUGGUUCAGAUUGUCUUUUUAUAAUCGUAACAACCACUUAUUGCUAUAACAGCUCAAGUUGUAUAAUGUGAACUCGAGCUGAAACUGGUAGCUAUGAGCUUAUUAUGGAUACUCCAAUAUUCUCAUUUUAGAGUGUGUUAAUUCAUCUUCAUUUGAUCAGAGUAUCAGUCUCAUAACUCAGCUAAUGUGUCUGACAGCAGCUUCUGCGUGGUAAUGGAACCUUGUUUUUUUAUGUGGGGGCUGUUUAUUUACUUUCUUUCUCAGUGUUGUUAUUAUUCUGUGUCAGAAACCCAAUUCAAGUGGGGAGGAAAUGUAUAAGGCUUCUAGGUCGCAUAGGCAAGAGAAGAUGUAGGAAAUUGUUCUAUAAAAGGCAACGUGUACUGGCAACCACUAUCCAAUUUUGUUUUCUUUGUUCACACUUUCCUCAUGGUUGUACUGUCACAAAUACUAUCAUUGUGUGUGUCUGGUUGUCUCAAAAACACACUGGGAGCCUUGACCCAUAACAAACCAGCUAGUACCUCAUUUUAUACUCAUGUUCAGGGUUUGAAAUGAACAAUAAGAACUAGGCAAAUGAUGGUAAAAACUGUGCUACUGACUAUUUGAACUUUGUCACUAUAAAACUUUGUCACUGGUUAAAGAUUUAAUUCCCCUUCCCGCUGCAUCAACUAAAACAUUAAUUCCUGCUGGCUGAUACAUGUCCGUCCUAGUUAAAAGUGACAUUCACAUGCAGAUUCAAAUAUUUAUAUGAAAUAUUUAUGCUCAACUGCUAUUUGAAACAUUCUUGAUUUUUAAACACCACACACAUGAAUAUUUCAAAUGUUCCACAAGCAAAAGGAAGUACUCCUUUUAUGUUUGUUUUGUUUUUGUUUGAAAUAUUUAAAAGAUAUUCAACCUUGAUAUUUUUCAACUACAUAAAAGUUGAGUCUACUGACGAUAGGAGCAGGUUUUCUGUCUAAUCUCAUGAGUUUAGUAUCUGGCCAGCCCAUCACGUGCAAUAUUUGCCCUCUUUGUAAUUAAUUCCUCUUAACUUCACCUUUAGCUUUCACCUCAUGAUUUUAAGUCUUCUUUUUCCACACACACUGGUUCACUUUGGCCCUGUUCCACAAACCACCCCUGGUCUUUUUCUUGAUAUAGGUUACGGCCCUUGUGACUACUGUUUUGGAAGCAGACGCUUGUCGUGUGAGGGCCAUAGCCUAAAGUUUUUUGUUUGUUAUUUUUACUUUUCUUUGAAAAGACACAUGUCAGAGGUUGCUUGCAUGAAUCAACCCCUAUACUUCCUAUUGCUGAGUAAGUUUAAUAGAGUAAGAAAUACAGGGUAUUUUCUAGGCAUGCAAAUUAUGAGAUUUCUACAAUAUAUUAUCAGAUAAAGUAUUAAUAUUCAAUUAUCAUUUGUUGAAAGAAAAAUGAAAUUCCUGAGACUUUAAAAUCUCCCCCUCCUCAAUUUAAUGUUAAAUUGUUUUUUUACAGAUGCUUUUCCUAUCAAUGUAUUUAUUUUCACUGUGACAUUUUUGCAUCUUACUAUGUAUCCCAUUUGCUAAACAAUACAUUUGCCAUUAGAGAGAGAUCACCUUUCAUUGCUGGAAUGUCAUCUGUUUUCUGUGUGUUCUCAUGGGAAUAAACAUAAUAUGGCCCAAAGAACAACAUGUUCCCGCCUGCAUGAGCGAGUGCAUGAGAGCGUGAGAGUGAGUAGUUAUUUUGCACAUAACUUUGCAAUUGAGGAUUGAAAAGUACCUUGAUUUAGCAUGUGUUACACUGCACCCAAUCUGCUGUAGCGUGACAAAAUCCUAGAUUUAACCUAUGGCUCUUGGUAAAAUAACUGUGUCUUACAUGCAAGCUACCUGAAAACUGGAUUAGUUGUGUAUCAAAUCAUGAAAAGGAGACUUAAGCAAACAUUUAAUUAUCUGAGCAGUACAAUCUUAUCGUGCACUGAAGCUUGAGGCAAAAACUGCUUUAUGCUUGCUAGGGGAACAAAUAUGAGGGAUAACAUCAAGAACUUUAUCGCCCCCUUUCUAUGUCUAAAUUUAAAUGAAUUUAUUAAAAUUGUACAGCAGCAAAGUCUGGGUACAUCUCAGUAGUAGUCCAAAUCCUCCCUGUGCUAAACCCUGAAAUCUAACAAUAGUUGUCCAAGCUACUUACUUGUGGAUUAACAUGAAUGUGGCUGCUGGAGUCCUCUGGAACUAGACCUCUAGAACAGCAUACCUGAAUCAGCUUUGUGUGUUAUGAGACUGAAAUUACUCAGACUCACGCACACACGGGAAGACACAAUCACAGAAAACAGCUGGCAGACUGAUUAAGGCCACCACAGCUAUUAACUAGCCACAGAGAAAACACUGCAGAAGUCACAGGGGUAAUCACAUUUAUCCAGCGUCUACAGAGUACAACCAGUCAGAAAAUGAAACAUGAUGUUACAUUUGAUGGCCAGCGUGUCAUAGAAAUUCACUGAAUCACAGCAAUGUGCUGUCAAGGCUAUUCUUGUCCAAGCUAUUAAAUUUGGAAGCUGGAUCGUCAGCAAGCUGACAGUCCCUGAUUCAAAUCUGAAUAAUGUACGAUGAUGAAUAUAAUGCAUCCAUUGAAUGGUGCAUUGAAAUAGGUACCCAAGGCAGGUGCAUGUGUGUGUGUGUGUGUGUGUGAGAGAGAGAGAGAGAGAGAGAGAGAGAGAGAGAGAGAGAGAAGGGGGGAGAGACAUAAUCAGUCAUCACAACCUCAAGCCAACAGCACACAUGAACACACAAUAACACCCACAAACACACAACAAAACUAUCCAUUUAAGCUUUUGCCAAGUUAAAUGUGCCAUUUUUACUUACAUUUUUACUACGAAAUGAUGAUGAAAUUGCUAAAGCUGAUGAAUGGCACCGCACCAACAGAGUAACUAGCUAUUGUUCUUUCUCUUUCUGAGGCUAGCUAAUACUCUUCCUUUCUCCUUUAAAUAAUGCAUGCUUGUGACGAAGAAGGAAGCACAUAGGCCAUUAACAACUAUGUAGUCAGAAUAAAACAUCCUGCACAAGAAAGAGAAUUACAGUCACAGAAAAAAAAAGCAAGUGGGAGGAUUUUAACUCUAGUGUAUCCCUUUCCAUAUUCUUGCUCCAUCCUCGGACUCCCCUUAUUUUGCUCUUGCAAACCGCUCCCACAUAGAGGGAACACACACACACACACAGACACAAUCAAGCAGUGCAUGGGUUAUUUUAUCGUAGCUACUUUUAACAUUUUUCCAUGGAUGUUUUUUCCCCACCAUCUAGAGCAACAGCCAAGGAUGAAAAGGCAAGCUCCCAAACCCCAUUGUCCCCUCUUUAGCAACUGUGACUCCCUGCUGCAAUUAUAUCUUAUUAAGCAUUCAAAUAAACUCUUACAUGACACUGUAA